AUGUGAAAGAGGGAACGAAAAGAAUGUGUGGCUGCAGCACGACACGGAAGUAAACAUUGUUGUGUGUCAGUGACGGAGCGUUUCGGCAGACGGCGGCGCAAUGAGUAUUUUAAACUACAAUGGUGGCUGUGUGGUGGCCAUGAAGGGCAAGAACUGUGUUGCCAUUGCCUGUGAUCUGCGUUUUGGUGUUCAGGCUCAGACCAUCUCAACUGACUUUAAGAGAGUGUUUGAGCUUGGGCCUCAGCUCUACAUUGGUUUACCUGGUUUGGCCACAGACACACAAACUGUUUUACAGAGGCUCCAAUUUCGCAUCAAGAUGUAUGAGAUGCGUGAAGGGAGACGACUGAAGCCCCAUACUCUGAUGGCCAUGAUGCAGAACCUCCUGUAUGAGAGGAGGUUUGGUCCAUAUUUUGUGGAGCCGGUUAUUGCUGGGCUAGACCCAAAUACAAAAGAGCCAUACAUCUGUGCCCUUGACCUCAUUGGAUGUGCCUGCGAACCUGCAGACUUUGUGGUGUCUGGAACCUGUUCAGAAUCACUUUAUGGUAUGUGUGAAACAACAUGGCGGGAGGACAUGGAGCCAGAAGAUCUGUUUGAAUGCAUCAGUCAAUCACUUGUCAAUGCAUUUGACCGUGAUGCUUUGUCUGGAUGGGGAGCAGUUGUUCAUAUCAUAGAGCAAGACAAGGUGACCACACGAACACUGAAGUGUCGACAGGACUAGUUACACUUAGUUGUUAUGGAAAUGCAAUAUUGCUUUAUGUUUCUCAUGCCAGUUUUGUGGCAGCAUUGUGUUAAAUAAUCUGUCAUUUAUAUUAAAAGCUUUCAUUCAGAAUUUUCCUGAAAAGUUGGAAGUACUUCAAAUAUUUUGUUGUGCAUGAUUUUCAUUAAGGUCAAUAAAAUAUCUUUAUUA